AUGGGUCGCGGUCCGAAGAAACAUCAGAAGCGUCUCAGUGCGCCUUCGCACUGGCUUUUGGACAAACUCUCGGGUGCCUAUGCCCCCAAGGCAUCCCCAGGUCCUCAUAAAGCCCGUGACAGCUUGCCUCUGAUUGUCUUCAUCCGCAACCGCCUGAAGUAUGCCCUCAAUGGCCGCGAGACCACUGCCAUCCUCAUGCAGCGCCUGAUCAAGGUCGACGGCAAAGUUCGCACUGAUUCCACCUACCCUGCUGGCUUCAUGGAUGUCAUCACUAUUGACAAGACUGGCGAGCACUUCCGCCUGAUCUACGAUACCAAGGGCCGCUUCGCCGUGCACCGUAUCGAACAAGCCGAGGCAGAGUACAAACUCGGCAAGGUCAAGAGAGUGCAAGUUGGCAAGGGUGGAAUCCCAUACUUGGUUACGCAUGAUGCUCGCACUAUCCGAUAUCCCGAUCCUUUGAUCAAGGUCAACGACACCGUCAAGAUCGAUCUUGCCACUGGAAAAAUCACCGAAUUCAUCAAGUUCGACACUGGUGUGAUUGCCAUGGUCAUUGGUGGUCGCAACAUGGGUCGUGUUGGUGUCGUCACCCACCGUGAACGUCACGAUGGUGGCUUCAACAUUGUCCACAUCAAGGACGCAAUCGACAACUCGUUCGCUACCCGAGAAUCCAAUGUUUUCGUCAUCGGAAAGGAAAAGCCAUGGAUCAGUCUGCCAAAGGGCAAGGGUGUCAAGUUGUCCAUUGCUGAGGAGAGAGAUCGCCGUCGUGCUGUCGCUCUUGCCGCCCACUAG